AUGUCGUCUCCAGCUGGUUACACGCCGGAGGGCCGCCUGGGCAAUCCGAAGAUACAGAUGGCUGAUGACCCGAGAUUGAAUCGUAAGCUGGCCGAAAAGCUCGCCUCUUUGGGGUUGGAUAAACGCCAGCCAGAGCCGGAGCUUACUGCCUCUUCGCCCAUGGAGCAGAUCGCGGCCACUGUCGGCCAUUACGACGCUGCCUUCCAGCGGCUAUACGAUUCUCUUCCUAAUGAUAUCCCGCGUGACAAGGACGAACCAGAGGUCAAACACUCGACCAUGACGAUCAAAGGUCCAGACAACAACGACAUUGCCUUGCACGUCUUUCGCAGAGCAGACACAGAAGGUCAAGUCUUGCCAGGUUUGCUGUACACGCAUGGCGGAGGCAUGACCAUCAUUAACACAAUCAAUCCAGUGCAUGUUCGCUGGCUUAAAUCACUAGCAAUCGCCGGCACAGUUGCUAUCGCUGUGGAGUUCCGUAACGCAUAUCUGGAGGGCCAACACAACCCUUUCCCUGCCGGAUCCCUCGACUGCAAAGCUGCUAUCAGAUACAUAGCAUCACACAAAUCCGACUUCGGCAUCGACAAAAUCAUUCUAACUGGCGAGUCCGGUGGCGGCAAUCUUGCACUUACCAGCGCUAUCCGCGCAAACCGUGAAGGCUACAUCAAGGACAUCGACGGUGUGUACGCCAUGAUCCCAAGCACGAGCAACGGCGGCGGUUGGCCGAAGGAGCGGAUGGUCAAGGAGCUACCGAGCAUGUACGCUCACGAUGGCUACAUUCUCAGCUUGAAGUUCAUGGAGAUCUCUGGCCACUACUACACACCCACGGACGAGAGUAAAGUUGAUCCGCUUGCUUGGCCUCACUAUGCGACGGAAAAGGAUUUGAAAGGCCUUCCGCCGCACCAUAUAGCUGUGGAUGAGCUCGAUCCGCUAAGGGAUGAGGGGAUGGCAUAUGCGAGGAAGUUGGACGCCGCAGGCGUGAAAGUGACUGCGCAUAUGAAUCUGGGUAUCGGUCACGGUUGUGAUAUCAUGUUCCGACAAACGCUGCCGGAUCACUUCGAUACGGCUGUUGACAGUGUGGUGGCAUUCGCGAGGCGGGUAUAGACUCAGGACGAGCGGAUAGGUGCAUUAAGGGGUGUAUCACCGAGGGGUUGAACCUAAUCCAUGUGCUUGGGCACGACUUUCAUUGCAGUGUCGAGCAAGUACGUGUGGUUGACCGCAAUAGAUCUCCACCGGAAGAGGCCCGUGCCCUCUACACCAUAGAAGGCACGCGAAUGCCAAGCAGAUGACAUCGCCACAGCUUGCUGAGUCACUAAACAUUUGCCGAGCACGCGAGCACUCUUCCCAAUACUAUACAUUGCUCUGUCAGGUCGAUUUAAUUCCCUCUUUGUGCCGCCAUAGUUGAACGCAGUGACAAACACAACACAAUGUCAGACGACUGGAACACCGUCACCAAGAUCGGCAGCAAAGUCCGA